AUGCGCCGGCACAACGGCCUCUUGUCGUCGUGCGAGCCGUGUCGCCGAGGCAAGCUCCGCUGCGACCACAUAGUCCCCACUUGUGGACGGUGUCGCCGUAAGGACAAGGCAGCUGCCUGCGUGUACAGGGUAAACCCAACACGGGCCCGGCAGUCGAUGGCAGACAUUGCUGCGGCGACGCCCCCAACCCCCGCGACCAUGUCUCCGACACCACAAGUGACGGUGCACGCUCCGCCGGGACCCCGAUCGCUGGCGGGCCCGCCGUUGGCCGUGCGAGACCGCUACAUCGAGAACUGGAGUCACCGGCUGGCCCUGAACUCCACUCCAAGCUUCCUGGGGCCAACGAGCUUUUCGGCAGUCUACAGCGAGAACGAGGCCAGUCUGAAGCAACACUCGUCUAUCACGCCGCUGCGGCUGCCGGAGGUCAGACUGCCCGAUGUCGCCGACGCGGUCGACGACCACCAGGCGCAGUUAGGCGCAGAGUUACUGUCGCUGCUCUUCGACGACUUUGGGCUGUACUGCCGGACGGCCAUAGCCUGCGAUGAGCACAUUGGCGAGGGCAUCCUUGGCCUGCCGACCGUCCGUACCCUCUGCGACCUCGUCGAGGGGAUGUAUAACAGCGUGCCGGGUCAUCUGGACCCGCAGUCGCGGCUGCUGGCACUUUCGCGGCGGCUAUUCGAGGGCACCGCCCGUGAGCUCAUCACGCACGCGACCAUGACUCUCGAUGAGUAUCUCGUUGCUCUCGCAGGCCGCUGGGAAGUCAUCGGCUUCAUCCUCACCAUGUCCGGCGUAUUCGCCGCCCACACGACCCUUGACGACGCGACCUUCCACGGCCUAAGCCUCACCGCAAACGACCACAAGAACCUAGGCAUCCUGGCCACUGCUGGCGGCGACCAGUGUCUGCAGUUCUGCGACAGCAUGGGCGUAAUGAGCGACACCCUCGGCUGGCUCCUGAUUCGACAUAUCCAUCUGCUGACCUUGGUCUGUGGCGACUAUGACUAUCGGCCACGGAAACGCCUCGGAGAACUCUCGACUCUCCUCUUCGCCAUUGGCUAUCACCAGCUCGAUGCCGGUGAGCAUCUGCCCUUCUUCCUUGCCGAAGGGCGGAAGCGGCUCAUGGCGUCCGCCUAUGCCCUUGACAAGGAGCUGGCGACGUUUCUCGGCUGUCCUCCGCUGAUCGCCUAUCGCUUCUGUCGCAUGCAGUUGCCUCUGGACCUGGAACCGGCCGAAGUGCUCGCCGAGCCAGCCGUGCGCGUGGCCGCCAUCCACAAACUGGACGCCAAUGGCUGGAACACUAAGGCGCUCAUCAAAGGCACUUCGUGGUGUCGGAUGGCGGUGCUCCUGGGCCACGUCCGUGAACUUGUACUAGAACUUUCUCUCGAUUCCGGGGAUCAUGAUAUUCAACAACGCGUCGAUGAAGUUUCGUCUCUGGCCCAGCAGGUGCGUAAUGAAAUUCCAUCCUACCUGCAGUGGGACGGGAGCACCGAAACCACCAUGCGGCUGACCAGCACAUUUGCCGUCUACCUGCAUCUCGAUUUGCUGUACAGCGACUUUCUCCUACAGCGCAUCCUCGUCAAGCGGUCCGUGGGGGAGUCCGAAACCCUAGUCAGUCUUGCAAACCAGAUGCUCAAGGCAAUCCUUGCCCAGAUUGCUAUCAGUCAACGAUGCGGCAAACCUUACAGUCUCGGAUGGACGAUCCCCUACUUCGGCCUACCCUCGGCCGGGAUCCUCGCCAUUGAACUUCUGCGCCGCAGUCAAAACCCCCACCCGCGGCCGAACGAGAGGCCCUUCCCCCGCUCGGAAGUGAUCCAGAACCUCAGUAUCCUCGCCUCACAUAUUCAGUACAUCAUCGUGCCCCAGCAGGGCAAUUACGAGGUCUGCCAACGGGGUCGGAAGGCCAUCUUGUACAUUCUGGAUCACGUACUCUCCACGCGCGUGGAUGCCACCGAGCCGGUUGCCCCGGUGCCGAACGACGUAAUCCCGAUGGACUGGCUGAAUGACGAGUGGUUGAAUGACGGGACCGAAUUUAUCAGGUGGAUUGACACGCUGAAUUGGGAAGUGUAA